AUGCCACCAGUGGGUAAGAACCCCAUGGGCAGGACGGGGCUGCGAGGCCGUGGGAGGCUGCACUGCUUUGGGCCCAACCAUGCCCUGCACCCUGUUGUGACCCGCUGGAGGAGGAAUUUGGAUGGGUCCAUUAUAAGGAAGAGCCUGAAGAAGAUGCUGGAAGUCUUGGUAGCCCAGUACCCACUAUCCGAUGUCUGGGCUCUGCCUGGGGGGUCGCUGGAGCCGGGUGAGACACUGCCACUGAAGCUCAAGUGGAUCCUGCGCCGGGAGUUCUGGCCCCAGUUCCAGAACUUGCUGAAACAAGGCACUGAGAUACACAAGGGGUACCUCGAUGAUCCCCGCAACACGGACAACGCCUGGGUGGAGACGGUUGCCAUCAGCGUGCACUUCGACAACCAGAAUGAUGUGGAGAUGAAGCGACUGAAUUCGUUCCUUCAGGGCUGCGACCCGGAGCUGUGCAUCCGCUGGCAGGUGCUGGACAAGAGGAUCCCGCUGCACGCCAACCACAAGGAGCUUCUGCACAAGGUCUCAACCCUCCUCAGCGCCUACUACUGA